ACCGGAUUGCAUCGGCGAGAGAGAAAGGGAAACACACACACACAUAUAUACAGAAAUAAUAGGGCAUGUGAAUUAGCCAAAGUGGAUGCAGCGUCACUGAGAGGCACCGAGUGAAAGUGAGGGAGUGAAUGACAGCAAGGGACCGGAGGAAUACGCAUGUGUGAUCGGCACAAACGGGAAGGGUGAGGAGCCGAGCGGAGGAGAGGAGAAGCACGGCUACUUCAGGCGAUAUCUGGGCUGGAGCCAUCCAUCCUUCCUCGAGGAGGGCUGCCUCUGUAAAUACACACCGUUCGGAGGAGAAACCACAAGACCUGUAGUCAUGGCAGACAUCGAAUCUCUCAGCGAGGCCCUAAAAGGCAUUAGUGUGAGCACAGAGCUGGUGGAGGAGGAGCUGAAGCCUCAUCUGGAUGUUCUGCUCAACCUGCUAUUAGAGAAGAAGAAAGGAACAGCUGAGAAAAUAGUGUCCAGUGGUGUUCUGCCUAUCCUGACUCAAGUCCUGAGGAAGAGGAGUCCACUCACCUCUCAGGUCACUUUACUGGUGGCAGAGAUGGCCAGAGAAGCCGCUGUGAGGGAGCGCUGUAUUGAAGCAGGUCUGGUGACCGCAUUAGUGCCUUUACUGAAAAGCCCAGACCAGGACCAGCUGCUGCACACGGGCCGAGCUAUUGGAAGGAUCUGUUUCGAAAAUUCUGUUCAGCAGACGCAGCUGGUGGAGAAUGGCGUAAUCCCCAGGCUGGUGGCCAUAAUGCAGCAGUAUCCUGAGAAUGACCCACUGGUAAACGUCUGCCUGCUGGCUCUCUGCAACCUUGCUGAUGUGGAUGCUGCACGAGAGGCUCUGACAGAAGUGGAUGUGGCAGAGGUUUUGACCCAUCAGCUGAAACGGGCUCCAGACGCAGAACGCCGGCAUUUGAUACUAGAGGUUCUUGGUUCACUGGGAGAAAGUGAUGCUCUGAAACUGCAGUUUGUGGAGUCAGGCGUACCUGAGGCUCUUUCCGAAAUGAUUCGAACUCUUCAGGGUGGCUCUGACACACAUGACCUCUGCAGCAUCAAAGUGGCCUCAAACCUCAUAGUGACUCUCCUACUGGGAGAUGAAUCAAUGCAGAAGUGUUUUGGAGAGGGGACGGGGAUGGUGUAUCAGGAUGUUCUCGCUUGGCUGCAGUCAUCAAACACUGAGCUGCAGCUGUCAGGCGCUCUGGCCAUUGCUAAUUUUGCCAGAAAUGACAGCAACUGCGUGAAGAUGCUGGAUUUAGGAGUUGUUCCCCGUAUUCUGGACCUGCUGGAGCAGCACGUAGCAGAGGGAGACGUCUCUGUGCAGCACGCUGGCCUCAGUGCUCUUCGAAAUCUCGCCAUUCCAGCCUCCAAUAAGGUGCGUAUGUUGGAGGAUGGUGUCUCAGAGAGAAUCAGGAAACUCCUGUGCUCUGACAUGCCCCCCGUCCAGUUCAAACUGCUGGGAACUUUGCGCAUGAUGGUGGACGGACAAGAGGAAGCAGCUUCAGUUUUAGGGAAGGAUGAGGCUUUGUUAGCACGGGUCAUGGAGUGGUGCGAGGCUAAAGAUCACGCUGGUGUCAGAGGCGAGGCAAACCGCCUUUUAGCGGCUCUAAUAAGACAUAGCCGAAACCCUGAAGUUAUCCACACUGUCAUUAAAGCAGAUGGAGUUCAACAUCUCAUCUCAAUGGCAACCAGUGAGCACGUCAUCAUGCAGAAUGAGGCUUUAGUCGCUUUGGCCAUUGCCUCUGCAAUAGACAUUGAGGCAGUUCAAGAACCAUUUCGAGAUGCAGACCUCCUUCCCACCUUGCAAAAGAUGCUAGAUGACCUUGACGUGGCUGUGGAGGUCAAAUUCAGUGCUUUAGGCCUGAUCUGCAGUCUUGUCAACUCCAGCAUACUAAGGGAGCAGAUAACAUCUCUAAACCUGAGGGACACCCUGUCCAAACUGUCCAAUCACACCAGCACAAAGCUGGCAAAGCAGGCCGACACGGUGAUGGCUGUUCUUUCGGAGACCGCCUAGACUGACACGUCUUGCAUAGUAAUAAUCCAGACACACAUACAGAAAUCCUUGUGUGGAUAUUUUCUGACAACUAAUUCCCAAAAGGAAAGUAAAACACUCACACAGUUACCCCUUCUAGCUUGGCAUGUAGUCAGACCAAAGCAAUAUAAAUAUACACUCACAACUCUGGAGAAAGAUGGUGCGAUUUCUUCAUCUAAAGUAGGAAGAAGUCAGCUUGUCCAUGAUUAUUUGUUGUCAGCUGUCCCAGGAACAGGACGACACGGGAGACAGACCAUCCAUCAGAUAUCAGUAAUGAACCUGCUGGCAUCCCAAACAAAAACAGCUGUAUAAAUUCAUGAAGAGUGUUCUGUGGCAAAUAACUUAGUAAAUAACCACAUACAAACACGUGCUGUUCUCCAUAGACUUCCAUUGUUAGAGCACUAGAUCUAGCAGAGCUGCAGUGUCUGUGUAUGAACUUGCUGUUUGUCAAUGGAAAUUACUAACAACUAUUUAAUUUUUAUCUUGCUUACCAAUGUACUGCACUGCUCUUAAAGGCAUAGUUUACCCCUAUAAACAAACACUUGGAGUUAAUUUACUCACCCCAAGACCAUCCAGGAGCCUUUUCCCCUGUACAACAGUGAAGAGUCUUAGCUGAAAUAAUGGUCCUUGGUAUUUCAUAAAAUACAAUUCAGUAAUUACUGUGACGAUAGAGGCGAAACAAAUACAUUUGUGCCUCAUGAUGAUAUUUUGAGAUCUUGUGAAGUGAAACAACCAGUUUGUACAAGAAAAUGAAAGCAUUCUUUACAACAGAGGUACUAUUUUGUUUCACCUGAAUAUGUUUUUUUUACUUUCAAAGUGCUGCUAGUCAUUGGUUUGCAUUUUUCAGCUAAAUACAUUUCAUGUUCUACUAAAGAAAAAAUAUCUCCUACAUCGUGGAUGGACUGAGUGAGUUAAUUAAUUAUUUUUUUUUAUUGAUGAACUGUCUGUUUAAGCCCCAUUCACACUUAUAUGAUAACCAUAAAGAUAACUAUUUACCCAUCAAGCAUUUCUUGUUUUUAAAAGAUGUCUAAUAGACGUCUAAACAUAGUCAUCUUGGCUAAAACAAGGCUAAAUUUGGGCUGUCAGUGAAAGUCUAAUAGACGUUUAAGAAUAGGCCAAAACUAGACUAGUCAUCAAAUAAACAGAAAUGAAUGACUACACAUAUAUAAUCUGUCUAUUUGAUGACUAGUCUAGUUUUGGGCUAUUUUUAGAUGCUGUGUUAGCAUGUCAACAAGCACAACAAUUAAUGGGAAAGGUGUAUUUGAGACUAUAUUUGCAUAUGUGAUGCAAUGGUCCAUUGGAAUUUAAGCAUACAAGCAAACAUGAUGUUUAUUCUAAUAAUAAUUAUUAUAAUAAUAAUUCCAGACAUUUAUAUAGCGCUUUUCUAGACACUCAAAGCGCUUUACACAUUGGGUGGAAUCUCCUCAUCCAGCACCAGUGUGCAGCAUCCACCUGGAUGAUGCGACAGCAGCCAUAUUGCGCCAGACCGCACACCAGCUGAUAGGUGGAGAGGAGACAGAGUGAUGGAGCCAAUUAUAUAAUAGGUUACUAGGCCAUGAUGGAUGGAGGCCAGUCUGCAAAUUUGGCCAUAAACCCCUACUUUACAUCCUGGGAUUUUUAAUGACCACAGAGAGUCAGGACCAGGAUGGUUUAACAUCUCAUCCGAAAGAUGGCACUUGCUGAGCAGAAUAGAGUCCCCUUCACUAUACUGGGGCAUUAGACUGCAGGUUGAGCACCCCGUGCUGUUCUAACUAACACUACUUCCGGCAGCAACCUACAGUAGCUUUCCCAUGUGGUCUCCCAUCCAGGUACUGACAAGGUGCAACCCUGCUUAGCUUCAGUGGGCGACCAUGUGAGAGUUGCAGAGAGCUAGCUGCCGGCUAGAAGAAUACCUUAACAGUAUUAGCUUGUAUGUAUGGAAAUAAUAGACUGCUUGUCUAUGAAUACCAAACAAAAAACUAACUAUGCCUAUUGACAUGAUACCCGCUUAAUAAAUGGAAUACUUCUUUACUAUAAUAUAUAUUAUUCUGAGAAAAACAGUAUGCUAAAUGCUGACCUAAAAAAAGUGUACAUUUUGUGGAAAUUUCCUAUUCCAUGAGACCACGAGUUGGGAUCUUUGAAUAACAGUGAAGUGACACAAGAAUUGUAGGAAGAUCUUGUGACUGGAACAUGGUGGAGGUAGUAUGUCUGAUUUUAUUCAUACUACCCAUAUUCCUAUUAUACAGAACAUGCUUUUUUUAACGGCCAUGAAGCAAGUUUAGAUUCAAAUAUAGCAUCUACCCAAGACGGUAUGUGAUUUUGAAUGCACUGGAUCAGUAUUCUACUUAAAGACUUGUGGUACUGAUCACCUUCCAAAGGUCCCAUGAAGUUUUUUAGAUGUUAGUAUCAGUAUUGUUCAUUUUUAAGAUAUCUACAAGCUAGUGUGCUCAAAAACACACAAAAAGUUGCAUUUAGAAGAUCUAAAAACGAUAUCCACAUGUAAAGCUUAUGGUUUGUCACUUCCGCCUAAAUGGAUCAAUAGUUUUAUUCACGUCAACGCAUACUACAAUUUCUUAUUACAUCAUAACCAAUCAAAUGUUCUCUAGUAUCUGACAUGCCCCGCCUCUUUCAAGAUGCUUUUCAUUUGCGUUUUAUGUGAUUCACUUGAACUCAACCACUCUCACUGGCAGGGCAGUGAUAAAACACCAUUGGCUCUUUUUAAAAAAGGGAGGAGCUACACUAUGUCCCACUCUCUUUUCGUGGUCUGGCUGAGAUUAGGUCAAACAUCGAAUAAAAAUACACAUUUCAAAGCACUUCACGGGACAUUUAAAUGCUUACACAUCAAAACAGGAAGGACUUUGAUUGGCUGUCAGUAGUUUAGGUUGAUUAUCUGGUGGAAAACAAAUUAAUUCCAUUAAUGAUUUAAACUAUAUAAUUCAUCCGUGUAGUUAUAGUCAUUAUAGGACUGGCAAUUAGAAUGUUUAGAACUAUAUAUUUAUCAUAUUUGGUGUGAACGAGCCUUGAAAAUGAGUGGUGCAAUAUUUGUCUUGUGAAUUCUUUUAUCGGUGUAUGUUAACCCUGCUCAACUCAACUUUAUAUCUAAUAUUGAAUGGUUAAAAAAAAGAGUCUGUCUAUUGUAAUGUCUAUUUUCAUAUCAUAGCUGGCCUUACUACUUUAGUUUUCUGGUGUAGGGCUUUUUACUGCAGAUUCUUUGAUCAUGUUGAUCAUUUAUUUCUAGCUAGCAAUGAGCACAAAACUGAAUCUCCAUAUCAUGAAAGCAAUAGCCAGAAACAUAUCAAGUUCUUGAGCUUCCUAAGUUAAAAGAAACAAAAAAGCAAUCAUCACUGAUACCUCUAGCAGUGUUGUCUAAAUGCUGUUGUCGUAUUUGCAUCUUUGUUUUAAUGUUUUAAACCACUUAUUUGCUCAGUAUCUGUCAAGGUCAGGCUUCAGACGAUCGAGCAAUUUAGUGUCUACUGUGUCAGCGGGAGUAAUGUUUUAAAGUGUGUUUAUGAGUGUGUGGAUAUUUUCAUAGAGACAAAUGGCCGAGGCCAACGACAGACUCUUCAGAUUUAACAAGCCGAAUGUGUGAGGUGAUUAGAAGGCUUCAUGCAGCACCCAAGACCACCAGGCUUUUCACAGCUUGACAAAUAGCACAAUCGCCAUCCGUCCUUCAUAGCUGCUGCGCUAAUGGGUGUCGAUUACAUUUUGAAAUAAAUAGACUAUUUUUGUGUGUACAGUGUACGGUUUACCAGAACAGCUUGUUUCUGGCAAUAAAGUGGAAUACAGCAAAGAA